AGAAGUGACGUGUAGCAGCGGCUUGUCUGGUGACGUGUCUCUACUGCUCUCUCUUUUCUCACGGAGCGGCUGGAUGGAGCCACACUGACUCCUCGGAGCAUUCAAAGUGGCACCAGCAAGAACACAGGAAUCGGCCAAAGGACACGAUGGGAAUUAAAUUUUUGGAGGUCAUCAAGCCGUUCUGUGCGGUCCUGCCUGAAAUCCAGAAACCAGAAAGAAAGAUUCAGUUUAGAGAAAAAGUACUAUGGACCGCCAUCACGCUGUUCAUCUUUCUCGUGUGCUGCCAGAUUCCUCUGUUUGGCAUCAUGUCAUCCGAUUCAGCAGAUCCCUUCUACUGGAUGAGAGUAAUCCUUGCUUCCAACAGAGGUACUCUGAUGGAGCUGGGUAUCUCACCCAUUGUGACCUCAGGCCUCAUCAUGCAACUUCUGGCCGGUGCUAAGAUCAUUGAGGUGGGAGACACCCCUAAGGACAGAGCCCUCUUCAAUGGAGCACAGAAAUUGUUUGGAAUGAUCAUCACCAUUGGACAGGCCAUUGUGUAUGUUAUGACUGGCAUGUAUGGAGACCCUUCAGAGAUGGGUGCUGGAAUUUGCUUGCUCAUCAUCAUUCAGCUGUUUGUGGCAGGUCUGAUUGUCUUAUUGCUGGACGAGCUGCUCCAGAAGGGCUAUGGGCUGGGUUCUGGUAUCUCCCUCUUCAUCGCGACCAACAUCUGUGAGACGAUUGUGUGGAAGGCGUUCAGUCCCACCACUGUCAACACUGGAAGAGGCACUGAAUUUGAGGGAGCCAUCAUCGCUCUCUUCCAUCUGCUGGCCACCCGCACAGACAAGGUACGCGCCCUGAGAGAGGCAUUCUACAGACAGAACCUGCCCAACCUCAUGAACCUCAUCGCCACUGUCUUUGUCUUCGCAGUGGUCAUAUACUUCCAGGGCUUCAGGGUGGAUCUGCCGAUCAAGUCAGCACGCUACCGUGGUCAGUAUAACACCUACCCCAUCAAGCUGUUCUACACCUCCAACAUCCCCAUCAUCCUGCAGUCUGCCUUGGUCUCCAACCUCUACGUCAUCUCUCAGAUGCUCUCUACGCGCUUCAGCGGCAACUUCCUGGUCAACCUCCUGGGAACCUGGUCUGACACCUCUAGUGGCGGACCAGCUCGUGCCUACCCAGUGGGUGGUCUCUGCUACUACCUUUCUCCUCCGGAGUCAUUUGGUUCUGUCCUGGAUGACCCGGUUCAUGCUGUCAUUUACAUCGUCUUCAUGCUUGGCUCCUGCGCCUUCUUCUCCAAGACCUGGAUUGAGGUCUCGGGAUCCUCUGCCAAAGAUGUGGCUAAGCAGCUGAAGGAGCAGCAGAUGGUUAUGAGGGGACACAGAGAGACAUCGAUGGUUCAUGAGCUGAACAGGUACAUCCCUACAGCUGCUGCCUUUGGUGGCCUCUGCAUAGGAGGGCUGUCUGUCAUGGCCGACUUUUUGGGUGCCAUUGGCUCUGGUACAGGAAUCCUGUUGGCUGUGACCAUUAUCUACCAGUACUUUGAGAUCUUUGUCAAGGAGCAGAGUGAAGUGGGCAGCAUGGGAGCGCUGCUUUUCUAGAAAAUUCCCACCUUCCAACACACACCAGACACACAGUACCACUCUCCACAUAUUAUUUUGUUUUAUUUUGCAUUUUUAUGUAAUGCACACAAUCAAUACAUUUUGCAGCUGGGAUAGGUAACUUUUCUCUGCCACCUUUGUUUUCCACAAUAUCCUUGUAGGGUAUGAAUGCAGAGAACACGGGUUUGCAUUUUGUCCCAGUGUUCAGCAUAGUAUUGCAUUGUUUUUGUCCUCUUUUCAAAAUUUAUUGCUCAUCUCUGCAGGCUGCCUAAGUCCUCACUGGCUGUCUUAUCCUCUGUAUAAUGCCUAAAAGCACAUUAAGUGUGAGGUUCUGUCUUUGACUCACCUCAGGUGUUAUUUACAGCAGCUUGGAACAUGAAGUGAGUGAAACCAUGUUAGCUAGUGCUUAUUUCAAGCAUAAAGCACUGUGCCUGGACAUUUUGGGAGAGUUGAAAGAAAGCCAUGUCACAUUUCAGGUCAAUGGAGACCAUGCUCAAGGGUUUUUCAGGGCCUAUACCAGGAUGUGAAAAGUAUAAAUAAAAUAUGCUGGUACUCCUGAUAGGGCUUUGGGAGAUCUCAGACAAGCUCUUAACGGUUUUCAUUAACCUUAUUUUUACGUUUGAAAUCAUGGACUAUGUUUAUAUUCACUCUGGUCUUAUCUAGGGCACAUUGUUUGUCCGCUGUCUCUGGGUCCUAAAGGGAAGUGUUAGUCUGUGUUGUCAUGCUCUUUUAUUCCCAGACUGAAUCGCUGCACAAAACUGCCGAGAUAUGGUUGGAUAAGGGUGGGUUUGGUAGGGAUGAAAAGGGGUUUCAUGUUUUGGUUUUUACUUUCUGUAUUGGACAUAAUUGUUAUUAAAAAAAGAAAAAGAUUUUUUUCCAACACA